AUGGAUAUUGAUGGACUCGGUGUUCUCCAUGUCAAGAGUCAUUUACAAAAAUACAGACUGGGCAGAUAUGCAGACAAGGAGUCGACUGAGGCAGGCAAUACCGUCUCGUUCUCUCAAGUUGCUGGAAGUUCAAGCAGCGUUACUCGUUCGAACUCGGUCCCGUAUGAUAACCGGAGAGGCAGAAGAAAUUCAAAAAACGGGAAGGGAGAACUCUAUCUGAAACUUGAGGCUGAGAAGCAUGCUCAAAGGUGUCUGGAAGCACAAAGAACGUACCUAUACGAUGCACUGGAACGCGCGUGCAAGAAGUUCGCCAAUCAGUAUAUAGGCAGUGGAACCAUGGGAAACACAGUCCUGAAUAGGCAAGCCCCGUCUAGUUUAGGAAAUUUCACGACCAUACCUGCUGGUCCAUCUAGUUUAUCAGCCAUGACAAUGCCACCGUUUUGUUUCAACCAGCAUAAUGCAUCCGGUUUCGGAACAUCAGCCAUUACACUGCCACCGUUUUAUUCCAACCAGCAGAAUGCAUAUCCUACUUAUAACAAACCGACAACCCCAGCCAAUCUCGGCCAUCAACAGCCACCUUCUGAAUAUCAACAGCAAGCAGCUUCUUUUCAUGCUGCACCUCAGGGGGGUUUCUCAUCUUCAUCCGGCUGUUCUGGAAGUUCAUCGCAACAGAAAACUUCACCCGCAGUUGCUAGCACCGUGGACUGGCCUGAUGAUGAGGACCAACUAAGAGCCUUAUUGAACUGGGAUGAUGAUGAACCAAAGAACCUCGAUAAAGCCUUAUAA